AUGGUAUCAGAGCCUAGGUCAAGGAAAAAUGGACCUGGAGUAGUGGGUUGGGCUGUAUCGUUUCCUGUUUCAUCAUCAAACUCGCACCCUUCGUGGUCGCUCGUCAACAGGAUUUCUCGGAAAGAAGUCGUGGCUCACUACGGAUGCGAGACUUGGGGACUUGCACGACCUCUAGGCUCUUACGUAUUCUCUUUCCUUAGAGAAACAUUCAAGAAUAAGACCCAAAAGGAAAAGAUUAGCGUCCUGGCUUACACCGAUGUUGGGUUGAUUUUGGUUGGGUUUAAAUCAAGCCCAACCUACUAUGUGGCUAAUCCUAUUUUACGACAGUGUGUGAAACUCCCUCUUCGCCCUCUUCGUCUUCUAGGUCAACGGGAUGAGUCAUUCAAACCUGGACUCGCCACACGAGUUGAAAAGGAUGUCCUUUUAGGUUACAAAGUUGUUUUGAUGGAUGGAACUAACAUCAAAACUGGUGUCUUGGAUCCGAUAUACACAAGAAGUUGCACAAUUUCUCAAGGAUUUGUCAUGUAUACCAACAUCGUCUGUAAAGGCUAUGAGUUUAAGUUACAUAUGUGGAGGCUAAAGAGCUGGGAAUGGCAAUUAGUGUCUGAAAUCUCCUUGCUUACCAAGGAACAUUAUUUUCACUUGGGCAUAUAA